AUGUUCACCUCUAGAUCCACGUACGUUCCUAAUCCAAACUCAAGAUCUCUAGAAGUUACGCUCUCACGGACACGAGAUGUUGCUCGAAUUAUUGCCUUGUGUUUAUCGGAACCACACGCAAUUCGCACAGCAUUAUUGGCAUCAUUUGAUUUGGGCAUGACAACAAAUGAGUUUCUUUACAUCAUCGUUAACUCACAGAGUGGAGGUUACGUUUUGGGUUCACACGGUAAGCUGACUCCAAUCUGGAAGGAUGUUUCUUCAACGCCCGACGGUAGAGACGACGAUGCUUUGCAAGCGUAUCUGAGAACCAUGUCGAUAUCAUCGUCUCCUUCUCAACACGAGAACGUAGCAGAGUUCAGGAAAAGAGCUUCACUGGAUUCCUAUCAACUGUACCAUAUUGUCAUAUUAUAUGCGAAGUCACUGAACCGCACGAUAUCUGAGGACAUUUCUCAGCUUCGAAAUGGAACCCUGAUAAUCAAGAAUUCGGCAAUGACUAUACAGGGGAUUUCUGGACCAGUGACGAUCAAUGAUCUUGCACAGCUAGUCGCAACCUUGACGGUCUCUAUUGCUGACAGAAAGGGAGAACCUCAAAAAAUUCUUUCUGUACGCAUCAACCAUGACAAAGUGAACAUAACCACGUUCGUAUCCGAUCCUGAAGAAGUAUGGUCAAAUUACGGGGGUGUAAAGCCACUUGACGUCCCUCAAUGUGGGUUGCAAGAUGAAAAGUGCACCUCAAUUUUCGGGAAGGAUCCUCAUGUUUUCGCUUCCCUACUAGUUGUUUCUCUCCUUGUGAUUGUAUUAUUCGCAGCCAUCGGCACACAUAUAUGGAGGGAAAAGGUUAUGCAUGAAAAAGAGAUCAACAUGAAAUGGCUUGUACCCUUCACGGCUCUUCAAAAAAUGGUGAACAAGAAAACGGACGUUUCUACGAUGUCUAUGCAAAGCGAGCAAACGAGAAGAACGGUUGAUUCAUUGAUGUCUUCUAUAGAUGCAUCCGAAAAAUUUUAUUUCUUUACGUACGAGAAUGAAUCGAUAGUUGCUGAAAAACAUGCAGCAACGUCUUCCAUAGAGGAAAACAGAUACAUCCAUCUGAGGAAGGAUGUCAUAGCGAAGAGAUCUGUGCACAUGGAUGGAUUCUUCAUCUUCUGUUUGAUCACCGAAAUCGCAAACGGAUUGUCCUUCAUUCACAGCUCAUUUCUAAAGUAUCACGGAUAUUUGACAUCUUCAAAUUGUCUGGUUAAUGAUCGAUGGCAAGUGAAACUCUCCAGUUACGGACUAAACUUUCUAAGGACUCAUGAGCAAAGAUCAGAGAGAGAAAAUCUCUACCUGGCUCCCGAACUUCUGCGCAGUGCCAAUCCGGCCGGAACCAAGGAGGGCGAUGUAUACAGUUUCGCCAUCAUUUGCUCUGAAUUAAUUGGAAGGACAAGUCCAUGGAAUUUGGAAAAUCGCAACGAAGAUAUAGAUGAGAUUAUUUAUAUGGUCAGGAAAGGAGGGAAGAGAAUGAUACGACCAGAAAUCAAUCCAGAUCCGUCACUCGGGAUUAAUUCUUCUUUGUUACAUUUGGUUCGUGACUGUUGGGAAGAAGAGCCAACGUACAGACCGAACACCGCUUCCAUACAACAAUCUCUCAGAUCUAUUGCUGGAAAAAGAAAUACAAAUUUGAUGGACCAUGUUUUCAAAAUAAUGGAGAACUAUGCAAAUACACUCCAGGAAGAAGUUGAAGUGAGAACAAAAGAGCUUGUCGAAGAGAGAAAGAAAAGUGACAUCCUUCUUUCCCGUUUACUUCCUAGAUCAGUGGCAGAAAAACUUCGUGCGGGUCAAACAGUAACUCCCGAGUCAUUCGAUAGCGUCACGAUUUUCUUUUCGGAUGUCGUGUCCUUCACAGUGAUUGCAUCAAAAUGCACCCCAAUGCAGGUUGUGAACUUCCUCAACGAGUUCUACACGUUGUUCGACAGUAAAAUAGACGAACGCGAUGUGUACAAGGUAGAAACAAUCGGUGAUGCAUACCUGUGCGUGUCGGGACUUCCACGCAGGAACGGCACUCAACACAUCAAAGAAAUAUGCAGCAUGUCGAUCGCAUUGCUGAAGGAUCUCAAAAAUUUCCAAAUUCCACAUCUUCCACAAGAGAAAGUUAACAUUCGAAUAGGAAUUCACUCAGGACCAUGUGUAGCGGGUGUAGUCGGCCUAGUUAUGCCGAAAUAUUGCCUAUUUGGUGAUACGGUAAACACAGCUAGUCGUAUGGAAAGCAACGGCAAAGCCGGUUGCGUGCAUAUGUCCGAGGCUGCCGCCAUUUUGCUGAAACAAGCUUGUCCUGAGUAUGAGGUAGAACCGCGAGGAGAAAUUCUGAUAAAGGGCAAAGGAGUUAUGAAUACAUUUUGGUUGGUGCUUGAAGAAGCUGAUAACCACAUGAGCGACCUCACUUGA